AUGCUUGGGUUCGCGCGAUGCCAUCGAUCGUGCCGCUCACGCGUCCCACGCAUCCCUCCCCUCUUCCAAACCAAACUCCACUCCACUCUCGCACUCCAACUCUCAGUCUUCCGCUCAGUCAUGAAGAGUCACGUCAUGUCUUCCUUCUCUCCGCCGCCACUCCUGGCGUCGCGUCGGGUGCUUUCCGUCGCCGUCGCCGCCGCUCUCGCUCUCGCACUCCUCGCCACCUCUUCGCUCGUUCUGCUCGACUCGCUAAAAGCCCUCAAAUCCCAACUCAAACCUCUUUCGCUUCCUCUCAGCCUUCGGCGCCGAGUGUCAAGAGGACCCGCUCUCCAAACAGGCCUUCUGUCGCUGUCACAACGCGUGUCACGACGACGUCUUCGCGCCCGUUUGCGGUCAGUCCCGUCCGUCCCUCUCUCGGACCCCCGCCUCUCAUGCCCUCACGUGCGCCCCUUAGGCUCGGACGCCGUCACCUACACGUCGACCUGUAUGCUCAGCAAAACUGUUUGUCAGGAACAGCGCCGCAUAUCUGUCGUGCACUCGGGCUCCUGCGCUUUGCUCCAAAACUCAUAUAAAGUCCGCGAAAGCUUUGGCCAAACGAAAGGCUCUCUAAUUCUCUUCACACUCUCGACGACCAAAUGUUUGGCAAACAUUUGA